CCAUCGCUGCCUUCGAUCCCGGAUUCCUUCCAGUCUCUAUCACAGCUCACUAGCGUAUCCAUAUGCUUGCUGACCGUCCACAAUGAUCGAGAUAACUAUUCGGCAGGAUUCUACGGUUGCCAUCAACCUUAUAGCUGUAGUCUCCCUAUUCUUGGUUUUGGCCACCGUCGCUGCCUUGUUACGUAUCCCCGCUCGACGCUAUACACGGCAGAAGUUCAACUUGAGCGAUUACACAGCCUUCCUGGCUCUGUUUUGUGUAGCUGGACUAGCUGCCACUCAGUAUGUCUCCAGCAUCAGCGGUGGCAUUGGACGCCCAAUGUCAGAUCUCAAAAGUAGAAAGUAUAUCCAGACUACGAUCGAGGCAUUGAAAUUUGGCUGGCUGAUGUGGGCAUCCGCCAACACUUGCGUCCGUCUUUCGAUGCUGCAUCUCCUGCACACGAUAUUCUGGGCAAGCGACUUCACUAGACGAGCUACAUAUGUUCUCGGCACCGCUAAUAUUAUGUUCUUCAUUGCGUGCCUUGUCGACUGGGCAGUCAUUUGCCGGCCCUUCAAUUUCUAUUGGCGCAACGACAUCGAAGGUGUAUGCGGCAAUAUCCAGCAGAGUAUGCUCCUUGUUGCUAUCUUUAAUCUCAUACUGGACUUUCUCCUGAUCCUACUACCUUUGCCAUGCCUGUGGAAACUCAAGAUGCCGACGCAUCGCAAGAUUGGUGUGUCAAUCAUCUUCAGCAUGGGUGCUGUCAUUUGCGCCAUCACCGUGGUCCGUAUCUUCACGAUCCGGGAAUUUGCAAAACCAAGCGCGAAGAAACAUUGGAGCACGACCAUCUUCCCCGAUGCCGUCUUAACGUCCAUCGAGCCCUCUCUUGGUGUCAUCAAUGCCUCGAUUCCUCUGUUCCCCGCCGUAUAUCGAAUGUUGACCGGCACACCCUUCUGGCGGCGCUCGACUUCAUACUUUUCAACGUUCAGAAGCAGGUCAAGCAUCAGCAACUCUUCGAAGAACACAGUGUCACAGGGAAAUGGGAAAGAUGGGUCAUUUCUCAAACAACAAAGGCUACACAAGGUCGAUAGCGGUCUCACUCAGGACAAACACUCCGACACGUUUUCUGAGAAGACUAUGAAGAAGUCCAGUGAUGUCGAAUCAGCUUCAUCUGCUGAUAGGUUUCUGGAUAACGAACUGACGGGAAUAGACAUGCAAGGGAUGGCAUUUCAACAACCAAGUCCCAAUGCAGAGGGGAAGAACUCUCGUCUGCAAACUCAACAACAAAAGUCGGAAAGCAUACGCGAUUUUCACCUCACGGAUGUCGAUUGCGGGCAUGGCUUUUACUUGAAUCCAGAGAUGUAUGCAAAGCGAGGGUUCUAA